GCCGCGCGGAGCGGAAGUGGCGGGUAGGGAAGAUGGCGGCGCCGGGGGAGCAGGGCGGAGAGGCCGCGUUCGCCCGGCGCAUCGACCCUGCGCGGGAGCCGGGGCUCAGCCCCGAGCAGCGCCAGCUCAUGGCGCAGGUGGAGCGCGCCCAGCGCUAUCGAGCCCUGCAGCGGCGGCUCCGCAGCCGCAACACGCUGAUGGCGCUCGGUAUCGGCGCGGUGGUGUUUGGCAUCUACGGGUACACCUUCUACUCGGUGUCGCAGGAACGGUUCCUGGAUGAGCUGGAGCAGGAGGCGGCGGCGGCGCGGGCGCGGGCACAGGCGCGGGCCGAGAGCGCGGCGAGCUGAGCGGGGAGCGGCCCGGCCCGGCCCCGGUAAAGCCCACGAGCGAGCUGCAGCCCCCGCGGGGCGGGACGGGCCUCAAGCACUGGGGAAUCGCCCGGCCCUGAGCGCGGGGCAGCCGCCCUUGCGGGGCUCUGGGCCUGCUCAGUGCGGUCCCGGGGGAUGCACGGGGGGGCUCCCCUGCAGGCAGGGCUUCCUCCCCUGCAGGCAGCCACCUUUCUCCUGAAGAGCAGACAGGGAUUUGGCCAGGGACUUGCUCCUGGGAAGGGCAAGGGUGCCCAGGUGCCUGUCCCUUUCCAUAAUAAAUACCUUGUCUGGAGCCCCUUCCCUUUCCACAAUAAAUAUCUUGUCUGGA